AUGCUGACGAAUCGAGCGUUCCGAAUUCUUACCUACCUGUUCGGUAGUAUAAACAUAUUCUUCGUGCUGGUCAUACUGAGCAUGGGAGCCGAACAGCUGUUAAUCGACUGGCGAACAGCUAUAUACGAGCUUGUGAUACCGUGUGCCUUAAACAUCCUAUUCGCAAUGUGCUGGAUCAUUGGCGCUGGCUUGUGGCGUCCGGCACUGAUCGCCAUGUUUAAAUACUUCACCUACAUCCAGAUGGUACUGCUGGCAGCAAUCAUUUUGUACUCCGCGUACUACACCUACGCCAAAGGACUUUCCUCCAAUCUGCUUACCGUAAUGUCGCUGUUGACUUCAUUAUUUUUCCUCUGCCUAAUGGAAGUCCUCAUAGCGAUCGGGACGGAACGAGCCAUAGCGAAGGAACGGAACGUUUUGCGGCUCGUACACACGGGCCAAGAAAUGUCCGACUGGAGUCACACGUAG